AAACCUGUCAAACCAAACGCGUUAGCACCAUCUCUCAAUUCAACAUCACUUAAUUGAUAAUGGUGAACUUUACCUAGUCGUCAGUAUGAUUAUAUCGUAGUUGAACAUAAUCUAUACUGGAUUUAGUCCAUGUACAAUUGAAAAAACUAUCUACAGCCUCUAGUUUUGCCGCAGCUAACAAGCUAAUGUCGUAGCUAAUAUAGAGUCGUGAUGGAAAUGAUACUACUGGGAGCAUUUUUGGGAUGCUGUUUGAUAGUCGCGUGCCUUGUUGUACGAGUUGUAGUGGUUCUACGGAGAGGUGAAGAAUGUAAACCAGGAACAAAGGGACCCGUAUGUGUGCUCGUCGUAGCGGGAUCUGGUGGCCACACAACUGAGAUUCUGCGCUUGGUGGGAAGCCUGUCCCAGUCGUACGCACCACGGCACUAUGUUAUUGCGGACACAGAUAAGAUGAGUGAGGACAAGAUCAACACGUAUGAGAGCACUCGAAGUGACAACACUAUCGGACCUCAGUACACCUUGCAUCGGAUCCCGCGUAGCCGAGAGGUGCGGCAGUCCUGGAGCUCCUCUGUGGUCAGCACCCUGUACGCGCUCUUCUACUCCGUACCCCUGGUCUUCAGACUACGGCCCGACGUGGUGCUGUGCAAUGGGCCGGGCACGUGCGUCCCUCUGUGUGCCGCCGGACUCCUGCUAGGCAUUCUGGGAUUGAAGCGGGUGGUGCUGGUCUACGUGGAGAGCAUCUGCCGCGUGGAGACCCUCUCGCUCUCCGGAAAGAUCCUCUACCACCUGGCCGACUACUUCUUUGUUCAGUGGUCCAGCCUGAAGACCAAGUACCCCAAAGCCAUCUACAUGGGCAGAGUAGUAUAAUGAUCCAACGGACCCUGAAUGCUCUUCUAUACGAACUGGACCAUACGGAAGACUUAUUUUUUUUUAAAUACAGGAAGUAUGAGGGGGGAGAGAGAUCGGGAAGGCUCGGAAGACUUAUUUUUUUUAACUUAAACCAUGUCUUAACAAUAUAUUGGUACCUCUAGCUGUUCUAAUAUGAUGGGAUCCAAUUGUGUGUUUUCUGUUGGAAUGUCUGUUUCAUGCAUCCUUCAACACGACGCCUAAGUCAUGGUCAGGUGCAACUGUUUGUGCGAAACUUAGAGGAUGUUGCAUCAGAUUGUAGUUAUUCGCAAAAUGCUGUCUUCUCAACAGAAGUCCGUGUCCAACUUUGUACAAAGACUGCGAAGCUCAUUCCUUCAUGUUGUUGCGGGGCGUUGGUGAAACUGCCAUCGGGAUGCCUCGUCAAGGGAAGCCUUGUUUGUUACCUAUUCAUCGACAAGGUGUUCAGAUCCGUGUCGACAGCCUCUCUCUCUCUCUCUCUCUCUCUCUCUCUCUCUCUCUCUCUCUCUCUCUCUCUCUCUCUCUCUCUCUCUCUCUCUCUCGUUGUCAAGUGCUACAGGUGGACGCACGGACGGUGAGCCGAAGCGAUGACAGACGGCCGCCUCUCCUCUCUGGUUGCCGUGACAGCUCCCUACUGUUCUUCAGCGCAGAAUAAAAGGCAGAACUCCGCAGGACGGCUGUAGCUAACGCAUAUGGCAUCUGCAGAGAGGAGAGGGAGAGGGAGAGACCUCCAUGUCAGGAAACAUCCCCUAACGUUAGAGGCUGUCAAGCGCCCGUAUUGUUCUAUAAUGAUGGGUUUUACUCAUGUGAGUAGGCCGAACUGUUACGUUUAGGAAAGGAAUCUUUUUCACAAGGUGUAUUUCUGUCAGCAUUGUGUAGGCCUAGUUUUUGGUUGAACAAUUUUGGUUGAAAAUAAAAAAUCCCCUUUACAUACUCUACAAUG